AUGUCCGAUAAAACCAUUCUCUUGAUUACAGGCGGCAACACGGGGAUUGGAUAUGAGACUGUGAAAGAGCUACUCUCAUCCCCGGUUCCGUAUACCAUUAUCAUGGGCAGUCGCUCGAUCGACAAAGCUAAAGACGCGAUUUCCACUCUGACAUCUGAGAACCCAAAUUCAAAGUCUGAAAUUGUGCCACUGCAAGUUGACAUUGUGGACGAUGAGAGCAUCGACCAAGCAUACAAGGAGGUUGAGAGUAAAUGGGGGAAAAUCGACAUCCUUGUUAACAACGCUGGUAUGCGCCGCGCGUCCUUCGACGGCAUCAUGCAACAAAAGCCCGGCGCAGCCGGCAUCCGCGAAGCGUGGCAAACCUCGUACUCCGUCAACGUAACUUCAACCCAAGUCAUGACCACCAUCUUCAUGCCACUGCUCCUCAAAUCUUCUACCCCCCGCCUGCUCUUCGUAACCUCAGGUCUCUCUUCCCUCACUACCUGCUCCUCUGGUCUCAUUUCCGCAAUGCAGCGCCCCAACCCUCCAGCCGGCUGGCCCAAGCCGUUUGAACCUUCGCACAUCACGUAUCGCUCUAGCAAGACGGCAUUGAAUAUGAUGAUGUUGUAUUGGAACCGUCUGUUGAAGGAAGAUGGUGUCAAGGUUUGGUGUAUUAGUCCUGGAUUUUUAGCGACGGGGUUAGGAGGGGUUGGGAAGGAGGUGUUGAAGAAAUUCGGCGCAGGGGAUGCGAGUAUUGGGGGGGAGUUUAUUAGGAAGGUGGUGGAGGGGGAGCGUGAUGCUGAUGUUGGAAAGGUUGUGAAUUAUUUAAACAGGGAGCAUGGUGUUCAGCCAUGGUAAGAGAGGAAGGAAGAGAGGAAGGAAGGACUAUUAGAUGGUCUCCAGGAGAGAGUGUCCGGAGAAGUGUCUUUUAC